UAUUCGAACUGGGGAUAGUUUCGAAACUUAUGAAAAUUGAAAGGUGUUUGUACUUCAACUGUUAUGGUAUGAUGAAUAUAAAAUGAGCUUACCACCAGAAAAGAUAGGAGAACUGAAGCAAAUAAUUCAUAAUCAUCUUUCACAGCAUGAUAUCCAGUCCAGAAUAAAAGAUGUAUUGUCUCAAAAUUUUGGCCACCAAGAAACAGUAUAUGACCCAGACCAGAUUGGUGAAAAUGAAAUCUUGGAUGCACUGCGUAGGCAGGGGGUGGUUGAUGAUAUUAUGCAGCAGUUGGCAUUCGACGGAACAUCUCGCCAAAGCCCCCUAAGGCCAGCUGCAAGAUUGGUAACGAAGGAUGAGAAUGUGAAGGGCGGUGCUUCUAAGAAAACUCCAGUUGAUCCAACUCGGCGCUAUAUCUAUUUCCAAAUACUUGGUGGCAAGGCAUUUCUGGAGCACUUACAUGAAGGUCAGCCUGUUCAAGGUCAUGCUUCAGCGACCUUCACAUUGCACCUUAACUUUAGAGGUCAAAGGUUCAGCUCAAGGCCAGUGGCUUGUGCCUGUGAACCAGAUUUAAAGGAAGGCUUUUUGCUUGAACUCCACAAAGAUAAUGCAGGUGAUGCAGCCCGCAUGGCAGACCCUACAGCCAUGCUGUCAAUGUGUGAUCCUCUCCAUCUUGUCCUUAUAAAGACAGACUCCUCAGGGGACAGAACUCUGCUGUCAUCCCAUUUCCUUGAAUGGAGAACUGUACUAGCCUCACAGGCAGGCAGAGUUAGUAUGUCCUUAGAACUCAUGGGAGUAGGAACAGAGAAUAAAGUACCAGUAGGUAUCUUAGAUGUGCAAAUAGAAUUGAUACCAAAGACACAACACAUUUUAGCAGAAGAUGUCAUCUCAGCACAGUUGAGUUUAGAAAAGAGUAAGCAAGCAGAAAAGGAGCGUCUCUUUUUGGUGUAUGCUAAACAGUGGUGGAGAGAGUUCCUACAAAUAAGACAAUCACAUGGGCAGAGGAUGGUCAAGAUAUUUGCACAGGAUGAGAAUUGUGUGAACAAGCCAGUCUGUUCCUUUGUCCGUCCUCUGCGAGCCGGGCGUUUACUGGACACACCCAGAGAAGCCAGCCGUUUUGUUAGCUUAAUUGGUUAUGAGAAAGUCCCUGUGUUGGGUGGAGGAGAAAGGGCAGAGCAGUGGGCUAAUAUGCACACUUUUCUGUGUAGAAACAAAGGGGACAGUGAAGACCAUGCAGUAUUAUUAUGCAGCUUAUUAAUGGGCUUUGGCCUGGACUCCUAUGUCUGUGUGGGGACCAAGUCCAAGGGGGCAGCACAUGCCUGGGUGGUCACCAUUAACACAGAUGGACUGGUCACUUUCUGGGAAAGUUUGACUGGACACAGGUAUAUUCACAGACCAUCCAACCCAGAUGACCUGCCUGGCACCGCCCCCAAGGUCCAACACCCUUAUAAAACAGUGGGGGCUGUCUUCAACCACCAGAGUUUUUAUGCCAAUAGCCAGCCCAAUGAUUCUGUCCAAACUUGCCACUUUGAUCUCCAAAAUGAGGCUCGCUGGAAGAGCAUGUCUGAAGAUGCCAUCUUGUCCCUGUGUGGCGCGGGCGCCAUGCCGUCCUGGCCAGGUCUGCCGCCCCUGUGUGCCUCCACACUGGACCCUGGAAUGGUCAGCAACAGCCUGGAACUGGAACUCAGGGCACUGGUCACUGAACAUAGGAGGGAACAAGGACUUAACACAUCCUGGGACGACCAGAUGAGCUAUCUCCUCACACCAGCACUGGCUGCCUAUGAAACUGAACGACUGACAGGAGUCCCAGCAGGCAAUGAGGACUUCCAGGACGCAGUGAGGCGGGCUGUUCCUGAUGGCCAUACUUUCAAAGGAUACCCAGUACAGUUUAUACACAGGAACGCCAAGAGAGCCUUUGCUGCUUGUUUAAGAUCUCCAGUUUGUGAAGAUAUCAUUCAGUGUCGUGGAGACCAUGUUCGUCUGGCAGUGCGCGUGCGGGUUUUUCCCUACCCGGAGUCAGCCUGUGCAACAUGGCUGAUGUUUGCCUGCAAGUACAAGUCUGUGCUGUAACAUUAUAAGGGAUUGGAUUUUUUUUUUCUUCUCCUUUGGUAUAGAUUUCCUCACUCUUACUCAGAGAAGAAAAUUUUUUGAAGUUGCUGAAUUUUGUGAAAAUUUUCAGAUGGAGGAAUUUUAUCAAAAAACUGCAAGAGAAGAGUUUAUUAGUGCUUUCUGUUAUUAUUACUGAACAUUUAGGAUCAUAUCUAUCGUGUUCUGGUACGUUACACCAUGGAUUUUGCCUAAAAUGAUCAGAAAGUGAGGAAUUUUUGUGAAGGUCAUAAAAGGAACUCUCAGUGUGAAAACUUGGAGUAGAGUCCUUUGAAGCACAACUGUGUUAGGUGUUUAACAGAGAAGUGUAGUGCAUGAUUUAAAAAAAAGCCAUUGAUGUUGGUUAACCUACUGCAGAAAAAAAGAAUAUUUAUAAUAAUAAUAAUAAAUGAAAAUAAACUUUAUUUAAAGAGGGUAAAACAUGUUAAGUGUAUACCUUUUUUGGUAUUAUAGAUAUUAUUUGAAUCCUGUACCUCAUUCAUUUGCUAGUACAAGUAGCAGUAUUAUAGGAUUUUGAUGGAGAUUACAACUGUAUAAUACAUGUAAGGAUUUGAUGUCAGACAGCAGUCUAAUUUGCAAUGGAUGGAUUUAAUUAGUAUAUUUCUAUUUAAAAUUCUAUGCCAUAUCUCUUUGUGAUAACAGUAAACUCUGUCUGCCUGGAGAAGAAGAAGGCAACCUGUGUAUAGAUGUGACAGAAGCAGGUUCACUGAUGAUCCUGGAUAUGUUUACAUACUACAAUCUCUCCAUGAACAGUCACAUUGGAAAGUAUGGCAUUUACUGGCAUUUCAUCUGCCUGAAAGAUAAAGAGUAAAAUAACAUGAAAAUUAAUAGAUCUGGCACAUCCAUGCUAAUGUCAAUAUAUCUUCAACUGGGAAGUAUAAAUGCCUUUCAGUUAAAAUAAAUUUAU